AUGCAGAAACUGGGGAGUAGGGUCUACAGCUCCGGCGCCCGGAAACAAGAUCCCACCCCCAACCCAUCCGACUUCUCCCAGUCGUCCACCUACUCCGCCCACUCCGCCGUUGGCUCCGAUUCCAGUGGGAAGUUCCGCGUCCCCAAGUCCUUCAGAGGCAGGGUCCACGGGGUUGCAGGUAGCUGCAUCACCUGCUUCAGCCCCCGCCACAGCGGUGCCUGGCCGGACGAUGAAGACGAUGACAACAUCCAUGAUUUCUCGAGUACGCUCCCGUUCCACCAUGCUUCAUCUGCCUGCUACUAAUUGUAAAAUUCCGCUCAUCUCUAACCCGUCGAUUCGGGAAAUUCUCAAGGGCAAAAACUCCGUACUGUGUUUUCCCCAUCCUAUGCCGGCCGAUUGAAGGAGAACAUCCUCCGGCCGCAUACCGCGUCGUAGGUUUUUUCUCAGGAAAGCAUCUGCAUAAGCAAGCGAUUAGAUAAGUUUCUUCGAUGGGGCUGAAUCGAAAUCGAACCAAAACUAGGCCAAACAAAGAAUUAUCACCGCCAGACUGCGGCUAUUGACCCGUGUUAGCUAGACUAGGAGAUCCGUGAACUAUCCUCGUUUUGCCUAAAUCCACAUAGGGGCCUGCGCCACCGUGCGGUGGUACCCGGUAAGAGGAUUCCUCUGGCUGCUGGUAGUACGCUUCUCGUAGGGCCUCUGCUGGAUCUUCAUCCUCCUGUCCUGUGGAGAUGUCCCACUCAAGUGGCCGGUUCCCGCAAUCGGCAAACGAGAACUGUCUGCUGGCUGAGGAAAGAAUCCUUGGCUUGUCGAGACUAAACCUUCGGGCACACCCCCACUGUGAAAAUACUUGUGUGUCUGUGUAUAUGGUGAUGAAUUGUGAUCUUAACGGUUUCCCCGCCCACAAGAUCGCGCCUUGGCUAGAGGACCGUCGUCUCUGAUAUUAUUCCCACGCAAGGAUCUCGCAUCAAUACUUCCAGUGGCGCUGUAAACCUUGUCACAGCCGAAUUUGCCCGAUCAUUGCAGCUUCGACAUCGGCAUGGACUGCUAGCGGUUCUAAGCUCAAGCACGGAGAGGCCAGUCUGCACGAGGGCAGCACGGCCUUCACCAUGGCGGAGGUGAACGGGGCGACGGGCAAUUUCUCUGCGGCGAACAUCAUAGGGCAAGGGGGCUUUGGGACCGUCUACCGGGGCCGACUGAGGGACGGCUCACUGAUCGCAGUGAAGCGAGCCAAAAAGGUGAGGAAACUGGUCUUCCUGCGCGUCCACAUCUUCCGGUAAGAAUGACACUCGUCAUCUAAAUGCUCGGAUUUGGCGUUCUGUGCAGAACCUCUUCGACAACCACGUUGGGGUAGAAUUCAAGAAUGAGAUCCAGACCUUGUCCCAAAUAGAGCAUCUGAAUUUGGUCAGACUCCUCGGAUACGUGGAGUACGGCGACGAGAGGAUCAUUUUGGUCGAGUACGUCGCCAACGGGAGCCUAAGAGAGCAUCUAGACGGUGAGUGCGUCCCCAAACCACCUCCCCGCCAUAAAAGGGCAAGUUUUAGCUUCGCAUUUCGGUCGUAGGAACAAACUGACGCGAGCUCACAUGACUGAGACUGUUCCUCUUGUUCCGACGCCCGCUGGUCCUCUUCCCGUUGGGCAAUUAGCCUAGAAAAUUCUUCGUAAUCAUCAAUACCCAUGCCUUGGUCGGUUUCUUUAGAGAGCUCUAAAGAGCGGUGCUGUAUCCAGCAGGUUCCCGGGGGGAGGGACUCGAAAUGGGACAAAGGCUUGACAUCGCCAUCGAUGUCGCUCAUGCAAUCACGUAUCUACACAUGUACACAGGUUACGCUCCUCGACUUUCUCCGUAGAUCAGGUGCUUCUGACUGAUCGCAUGUCAUGUGCCGCCGGCCAUGUCGCGGUUGGAAGGGGGAAGAUCUAUCUCUGAAUCAGAUCAUCUGGCAUAGACAGCUUGUGAUGGCCAACAGGCGCUGCAAACCCUUGGUGCCCUUUAAUGCAGAGCAAUGUGGGUAGAUAAACCAAUGAUGCAGUCCAGCAUUUCUUCGACGAAACUUCAUAGAAAUAGCGCAGAUGACCACGCUAGACCAAUUUUCUCAGUCGGGGCUGUUGUGUUGAUUUCGUGAACUAGACCCAGGUCUCGUCGUUAUAUAUGCAUGUAUAUAAUCUUAAAUAUCGGGGAAUUUCCAAUCACCAUGAACGCCAAGAUGGAUCGAAGGAAGUUGGUGGCUUCCUUCUCAGAUGCACCUAUUCCUUGGUCAUCUCUGCAGGAGGGCUACUUCUGGGUCUGUUUAUAACGUGUUGGAUAACGGUUGCCUUCGUCUUUUGCUGCCAGAUCCACCGAUCAUCCACAGAGACGUCAAGGCCUCCAACGUCCUCAUCACCGAGAAGCUCCGGGCGAAGGUUGGGGACUUCGGCUUCGCCAAGUUAACGGACGAAGACUCCGACGCCACCCACAUCUCCACGCAGAUCAAGGGGACCGCCGGCUACCUGGACCCCGAAUACCUCCAAACCUACCAGCUCACCGAAAAGAGCGAUGUCUAUUCCUUUGGCGUCCUCCUCGUCGAGAUCGUCUCCGGCCGCCGCCCCAUCGACCCGAAACGCGAUGUGCGAGAUCGCCUGACGACCAAAUGGGUGGGAGCUCACUCCACUACUCUCGCAGAUUGUCGACCUCCUCCUGUUCGCACAUUCCCUUACUAGCGCGACCGGGGUCCGACUGAACCCUUCGAAUGCUGUGUUUUCAGGCGAUGAACCGGUUUCGGAGCGGGAACGCGGUGACGGCGAUGGACCCGCGGCUGCGAAGGAACCCGGCGUCGGUGAUGGCCGUGGAGCGGAUGCUGGCUUUGGCGGCGGAGUGCCUCGCCCCGUCGAGGAAGUCGCGGCCGUCAAUGAAGCGUUGCGGCGAGGUGCUCUGGGGAAUCCGCAAGGACUUUCGGGACAUGGAGCUCAGCGCGGCGGCUCCGGCGUCUCCCUCUUCGGUGCGGCACCCCGAGAGCGGGAGCUACGGUGGGAAGGACUCGUCUCCAUGUUCCACCCGCUAG